CGUAAACUUUGCGCCGUGCAUAGUUUAGCGUAAGCGGACGCAAACGCGCACGUUUCGAUCGAACCCCGGCAACAUCGGAGUGCGGCAGACGUUUUCCCCCGACUUCGGAAACAUUCCGGGAGUAUUGUUAAAGCAAACGACAGGUGUACUUCGUCACGGAGGCGACUUCUCCUGUAUACGGCCGUUAUCGCGGAGGCACGCAACGAACGACGCCACGAGAUAAGAUUCGGAGCGCGCGCUGGGAGUGCAACACCGCUGCUGCAGACUGAGCACAAGGCACGCUGCCUCCACGGUAAUCGGCGGCCGCGGCCGUAGUCUCGAAGACAAAGAUGGCGGACGUGCGAUGGACUCUGAUCGUCUGCUUGGUGUGGCUUCUCGCCGCCUGCUGGGCACAGGAAUCACGCACCGGAGGGCGGUCCUCGAGCGAUGACCUGAUGGCCAUCGAGGAUCACCUAGAGUACCCACAGCGGCCGGCCGACUACCAAACAUUCCGCAAAGAGCUCAUGUACCCGUACGACCGGAACGACCUGCAGACCAUCGACUCGAGCAAGCUGGAAAGCGAGAUCUCGCUGCAGGCCAGGCUACCCUUCUUCGGAUUCCACUACAAGUACAUCAAGGUGCACCUAAACGGAUACCUACACUUCAGCGGCGCACCGGCGACAUUCCGGUUUCCUGUGCGCUUCCCAAUGCGUCCGGAGGACACGAUACGGGAGAAAGACCCUGCUUUGAUCGCACCGUGGCUCAGCUACCAGAGCAUGGUCCAACACAUACCCGAAUCCGGUGUCUACUUCCGCCUGUUUCGCAUCGGCGAGCACAACGACCGAGACCCCGAACAGUGGCUGGAGCGUCGUGCGAUCGAAGACUUCCGCGAGGGCAUGAUCGGGGCGGCCGACUUCCGGCCCACGUUUGUGGUCAUCGCUACGUGGAGAAAUGUCACGCUGACCGGCAUGCAGAGCAAGAGCAACGUCAAGACCAACACGUACCAGGUGGUCCUGGCGAGUGACGAGCGUCGCACGUACGUGAUGUUCAACUACGAGAAGAUAGACUGGAUCGCCGUAAACGACGUCAACAACGGCGAGAACGGCGAGAACCCGUUCGUGGGUUUCAACGCGGGCAACACGACACGCUACUACGAGUUCAUCCCGUACUCCCAAGAGCCCCGCGUCAAGAACCUGCCGCAGCAUGGCGAAGGCAACGGCAUCAAGGGACGCUACAUAUUCGAAAUUGAAGAGGAGAUCUGGCACGGAUCGUGCAUCAAAUGGGAGCUGGUGCCUCACUUGAUCACGAGCCGGCCGCGGUUGACCUUCUUUCCCAAGUACGCGUCCAUGCUUGGCGGAGCUCUGAUCAACGUGACGGGUCCCUGCUUCGACCCCAACGAGAAGAUCGAGUGCCAGUUCCAGGACAUGUCGGGCCACCGGCUGCCGGCCAUCUACCGAGACACCAACCACGCCACGUGCCUCAUGCCACCCGUGUUCUUCCACGGAUACGUCGAUCUCACCGUGUCCCAGGGAAGCAGAGACGCCAUGUUCUACGGGCGCUUCUACGUGAACCCUCCAGAACUUGCGGCCGAGGACAUCGAGAUUCUGGACGACAACGACAAAGCUGAGAGGCCCGAGCGGAUGCGCAUCAAAUGGAACCCCAACAAACUCGUGAACAACAACAACACCAAUGUCCAGCUGCACCUGUGGGGUUACAACGACGACUUGGAGUACCCGCAGCUGACGUACAUCGACACACUGGCGAGCGGAAUGCGCAACGGAGAGAUGCGCUACACGCUGAACAUGGAGAUGUACCGCGAGCGCUACAACUGGGAUAAGCUGCACUUCAAGUUCGGCUUCCUCAGCAUUAACCUCACCGACGGCAGCGCCAUCGCCAAGGACUACAAGAACUCGCCGACCAUCUGGAGCCGACCGAUGCCGCUGGCUUGGUACUUCGCGCAUCAGUGGGACCGAGCGUACGGCGCCAACUGGAAGGACCGCUUCUGCAACGAGUGGUUCGAGCGGGAAAGCAACGCGGACAGGUUCGCGCUGACUUUGUGGCGCUGUCCGUGCACCAUGAAGCAGUCGGACUUCGACCGGGGACGCUUCGCGCCCGACAGCAGCUGCAACACGUACACCAAGAAGUGCGACCCUCUACACAAGGGGGCCCAGCACUGCGUCAGAACCGGAAGGCCCUCAGUGGGUGGAUCCGGACAGACCUGCUGUUACGACAUGGAGGGCGAGCUGAUGCUCACAGCGGAUACCAUGUACGGAGGACGACCGUCGCGAAUCUUCAGCUACGGUAUCCUGCCCUUCAACAGCCGCAUGAAGGUUCCGACGCUGUCCAACUGGAACAUCGACUCGAUGCCCUUCUUCUACUGCUGCCACUGGCAGCACACCAAGGACGACUCGACCUCGUGCCAGCAGUACAAGUACUGGCGCACGUCGCAAGACUGCACCGCCUACCAGCCACCGGGAUACGCUGCCGUGUUUGGCGACCCGCACUUCCUGACGUUUGACCGCGCCAACUACACCUUCACGGCUCGCGGCGAGUUUGUGUUGGUGCGGGUCAACGACCCCAAGGGCAAGCUCGAGAUCCAGGGCCGCUUCGAGAGCGUGCGCAGGGCGUUGCUCACGGAUCGCAUGGUGAACGGUACUUUCCUGAGUGCCGUUGCCGUUCGCGACAAUGUUUCCUCGACUGUCGAGAUUCACCUGCGACCCCUGGCGGCGAGGUUUAUCUACCAGCUCUACCUGGUCGUCGACAACGAGUUCAUCUACUUCUGGGACGACACCAUGCGCAUACAGCACUUCAAGGGUGUGACAAUCUACCAGCCGACCGGUUACUACAACAUGUCCAAGAUUGUGUGCAUGUUUGACUCUGGAGCAGGAGUAGAGGUCUUGGUGAAGGAUGAACAGCUGUCUAUGAACGUCUUCUUACCCGUGGAAUUUGUGAACAUCACAAAAGGGUUACUAGGAUUCUGGGAUAAGAAAAAAGAAAACGACUUCAUGCCACCACAUGGAAAUGCUUUUGUACCGAUCACGGCAAGUUUGGAACAGAUCUACCAUCAGUUCGGCAAUUUAUGGAGAUUAAAUGAAUCAAACUCUCUGUUCAACCAUGAUUUAAUGGGAUACAAGUUUGGCCAUUAUGACGACCAGUCAUUCCUACCAUACCUUGAAGAUCCCCCACGAAUACCACAGAAUUUCACGUACCGGCCACAGGAUGUUCAAGAUACAUGUUCGGGGUCAAAGGCCUGUAUAUACGACUUCAUAGUAACGGGUGACAGGCGAUACGCUGCCACAACAAAAUCAAACGAGGCUGCAGUUUAUGCCGCAGCUCAGGAAGUUCGUGAGCAAGUAAUCCGUUGCCCUGCCAUUGACAAGCCUGCUAAUGGCCGAAAAAGUGAAAUUCGAAACUUCGUGGGACGAACAGUACGUUUCACGUGCAACGAAGGAUACCGUCUAGUUGGACACGAAGUGCGGCAGUGUAAAGAGUAUGGCCUAUGGUCUUGGGGUGUUGAUGUCACCUGCAUCAGCAAUGCCAGCUAUGCACGUAAGAUAGCUGGCGUGACCCUUGGCAUUCUGCUGCCGAUAGCGCUCAUCUUCUGCAUUGUCUUCUUCUGCUUCUUCAAGCGCAACCGACACAAAAACAGCCACUACACCGGUUCCAACGGAGAUUUUAGUAAGUUUCCAGAGCGCAGGACAAAGACAUACCACGGUCCAGCACCAGAGAAAGUCAGCGAAACGACGACGUGAGUGUGGGAAAGCGUCACCACUCGACAAGCAGAGAAGAUGGAGAAAUGGCAUUUUGUACAUAAGCACCCUCUCAUUUCCAGAGCUGACAGAUAACACUUCAUGAAUCAUGCAUCUGUGUCAACGAUGACGACGUGAUGAUAUUGCUGGUUCACUUACUAGAACUAAAAUACAAAAUACAAAAAAAACUACGAGCUGUCAUACAGAAAAAAAAAAAGCGCAGAGCAUGGUGAUAGGCAUUUGCGUCUUGAUAAAGGCAGCUUCUACUGAUGACACUGGUACCUACAUCAGCAUUAUGCAAACAUGAUCAUGUUUCGAGUAGACAUGUGGUAGCUCACCCACAAAAUGAUGCCGAAGUAUACUACAAGCCUGUUUACACUAAGUGUGUUUGUAUGUGCUCACUGCACCAUUUGGCAUGCAGCGAGCAUUUAAGCAGCAGGAAACAUAAAAGCUUUCGACUCAAACAACCACGAUAAGUACACUUAUACUAGAAGUGCGAAGAAUGGUCUCCGAUACAUAGAGCGUACAACACACAAAAGAAUGGUACCCUUUCAAACACACAGAAAGAAACUUCCUUUAGAGAACUAGUUGGAUAAAUUGUUCUCCAUAGUGUUACGAAAUUUAGACUCAGUUAUAGGCUAUGUGCUUGCAUAUAACACCAAGUUAAGCUCGUACUUCUGACAGAUGAACACAUAUGCCAAAGAACACUCCUUGGCAAGGCCAAAAGCCUGUAUAUUUAGGGACUGCCAUGUAGUAAACAUUUAAAUAUGACCACCAAACAUAACAAGAUAACUAUCACAACACCUACUUACAUAGUUUUUUUUUACAUACUUAUGAGCAAGCAGCCACAGGGACUGUCAUGUAGUAAACAUUAAAAUGUGACCACCCAACAUAACAAGAUAACUAUCACAACACCUACUUACAUAGUUUUUUUUUUACAUACUUAUGAGCAAGCAGCCACAUAAUCUGCAACCGUUUUUAAGUGAAAUGAAUGUCAUGCAGUGUUUAUGUGUUGUAACAUGUUCUGAUCUUUUUAUUACAAUUGAAUAAAGUAUACCAUACGCCUUU